AUGGCCCUCAAACGCAUCGCCAAAGAACUCCAUGACCUCGGCCGAGACCCGCCCUCGUCUUGCUCUGCGGGGCCGAAGUGCGAAACUAACAUGUUCCAGUGGCAGGCAACCAUCAUGGGGCCCGGCGAUAGCCCAUACGCCGGCGGUGUAUUCUUCUUGAUGAUCACUUUCCCUACCGAUUACCCUUUCAAACCCCCCAAAGUGUGCUUCAAGACAAAGAUCUACCACCCCAACAUCAACAGCAACGGGGCGAUCUGUCUCGACAUUCUUCGCGAGCAAUGGUCACCCGCCUUGACGAUCUCCAAAGUCCUGCUCUCGAUUUGCUCGAUGCUCACAGACCCCAAUCCAGACGACCCACUCGUGCCGGAGAUAGCCAAUCUUUAUAAAACCGAUCGAGCAAAGUAUGAAGCAACCGCACGAGAACACACUCGCAAAUACGCUAUGUAA